AUGCAGACAUACAACAACCCGAUCAUCUCGGGUUUUGCGCCGGACCCAUCUGUUGUACUUGUUGACGGCACAUACUUUCUCGUAACGUCGUCGUUCCACAUAUUUCCUGGCAUCCCGAUAUACGCAUCGAAAGACUUGCAGACAUGGGUACAAAUUGGUAAUGCGAUCAAUCGUCCGGAGCAAGUAGAUUUGACCAACACAAUCACGAAAGCGGUCAAACUGCACGGUGGGGAGACAAUGAUUGGAGCUGGCGGCUUGUUCGCACCAACUAUUCGUUAUGAUCGCGGCACCUUCUACAUCGUGUGCACGAAUGUAAGUGAGGAGGGCGAUGACUUCGCGGCCGAAAACUUCUACAUCAGCACGACCAACAUUUGGAAAGGGGAUUGGAGCGACCCGAAGCCAUUGAACUUCAAAGGCAUUGAUCCCAGCCUAUUCAUAGACGAUGAUGGGAGGGCAUAUAUCCAGGGCGCCUGGCGUCUGGAUAGAACAGAGCAGCCGUACUCGACUAUCAAGCAAUAUGAGAUCGAUCUUCACACGGGCCAACAGCUGUCCGAACCCAAAGAGCUGUGGCAGGGGUCGGCUCAGGUCUAUACAGAAGGACCGCAUCUAUACAAGAAGGACGGCUAUUACUACUUACUCGUCGCGGAAGGCGGGACGUUUGAAGACCAUAUGAUAUCCAUUGCGAGGUCUAAGGAUAUCUUGGGGCCUUACGAGAACUGUCAAGAGAAUCCGAUCUUGACCGCAGCCGGCAAGCCUGAUGAGCUCGUACAGGAUACUGGCCAUGGUGAGCUGUUCCAAGACAGCGAAGGCCAAUGGUGGGCAACCGUCCUCGGAGUACGGAAGGUGGACGACCGUUAUCCGCUUGGGCGAGAAUCGUUCCUGGUUCCUGUUGACUGGCCCGAAGGUGGGUGGCCACGAAUGCCUCACCCGCAGCUCCAAUUUCAACGCCAAGCAUGCGGAAGUCGAGCGAAAUGGGCAUGCUUGCCACAGAAGCUACAUGUCGAUGAUUGCCACAUUCGGACCCCAAGCAUGAAUCUCUACCGCCGACAGAGUACAUCAGUCAGCCUGCGACCAACAGAUGCAACCCUUGCUGUGCCUGUAGGUUCUGCAUCCUUUGUCGGUAAGCGUCAGCGGUCGAUCAACGACAAAGCCACAGUGAGCCUUGUUUUGGCCGAAGCAAACCUUGGGAAGCCUGUUGUUGCUGGACUGGCUGUCUACAAAGACGACUACAGGAGCGCUUCCAUUGCAGUCGACUUUGGCAAAGGCACCAUCAUCCUUCGACAACGUCGCACAAAAGACGCAGCUCAGCCUCCCGAAGAGGUUGAUGUGAACCAGACAGUGUUGUCAGAUCAUCCUGGUGACAAGAUUCAGCUUGGGAUCGAUUCAUGCCAGACUCAUUACACCUUCCAAUACCGCGAGGAUCCAUCCUCGCCAUGGACGGUACUCGGCUCGGUUGACACUCUCGAUCUAACCUGCCGAGACUUCACAGGAACCAUCUUGGGUGUGUUCGCUCACAACACAACUCUGCAAAAUUUCGAGGGUGAUUGGGUGACGUUCAGUCAUCUGACUGUAACCGGACAAGACCAAAGUCAAGUCCUGAAGCUAUAAGAUGUGUAGUGUGUCUACGCGACUGAAUGACAAGCAUGGCACUGUCGAUGUCAUUAGCUGUCGGAGAAUCAAGCAUCGCAAAGCCUUAAAGUCGUUGGUGGCAUCACGGAGGGCCAGUGUUGAGCCGCUGCCAGAGAGUGUCCGAAGCCUUCGAGUCCAGCCUAGUCAAUAUUCCGAGGACUUCUUCAAGAUUCGACUUGGCUCUAGCUGCAACUGAAGUAUUGACAGUGUUUUCGGACAACUCUAGAAGGAUGGCACCGACUUGUCGGAUUUUUUCAACCUG